AUACGAUACAGACAAUGUUGAUUGGAUCGUAAGGACCUGUGUUCAAAUCUUCUCUCUGAUACUGCUUGUGGGACCUUGGGAACAGCACAGAACCUCCCUGAGCUUCAAUUCCCUCUUCUGUAGAAUGAGUGGGUUGGACCAGAUGGCCUCGGAGGUUCCUUCCAGCCCAUAAUCUAUGAUUACCCCACGUGAUAUCAUAACGGAGGCGGUGUCACAUACUACAGAGAGGCCAGGGAGGAUGACAGAAAAAAGGCUAUGGGAUUCGAUGAUUUAUCCAUUUUAGUUGAUUGACGUGAUUGCUCAGUAUGCUGAAGGAGACAGCACCUCCAGACUACAAUUCCCAGAAUCCUUCGAACAGCAGUUUAUCCCUGGACCAGGCUUCAUUUCCCACAAACCCACCGACAAAACCCCUUUGGGUCCGAGCCGGGGGGAUCUUCAAACCUUUUCGGGACUGGACGGCGGCUCCCGGCGUCCUCUAGGAAACGUAGUCCGGGCCGGUGACAGGUGGCGGCGCAGGCGCAGGCGAAGUCUCGGGUGGGCCUGGACUUGCAGCCCUUUUGUUUUCCCGCCCGCUCCUAGCGUCUGUUCUUGCUCCGGGACCUGCGUCCCUCGCGCCUGUUGCGCUCAGGCCGGCCAGAGCCCCGAGGCCCGGAGGGAGGGCAGGACCCGGAGGGGCGGACGGCCCCUGUCAGCUCCUGGUAGUUGACAGCUGCGCCCCCUGCCCCGCCCCUCCUCGGGGCAGCUGAGCCCCAAAGAAGAAGCGCUGUUUUUGGUUCGAGUGGACUCGAACCCUCCUCCCCCAGCACGCGUGACCGCUUCUGGGCCAUAGGAAGUUCAGAUCCCCCGGUUCCACGCCCCCUGCCCCCUCUCCCCUCUCUCCUCUCCCAGGGCUUAGGUCUGCUAGCUGGCCUCGGCCAAGGAGCUGGGCCUGGAGCUGUUGGUGCUGAAGUAAGGCCUGGUCAUUCUUCCAGGACUCCAGGAGUCUUCAUUUCCUGGAAACAGCUGGGAAAGCAAGAGGUGACCAUGAAGGGCUUGGCCCAGGCGCUUGGGGAGAGAGAGCUCCCUAUUCAAGAUUUUGUCUCUCUCCAAGAGAAGCCCACAGAGGAGCUGGGAAGGUUGAUAUCUGACCUGUCAAGAGCCAGAGCCCAGGAGUCAUUGACUUUCAAGGAUGUUGCAGUGAACUUUACCCGGGAGGAGUGGAGGCACCUGGACCUUGGUCAGAGGGAUCUAUACAGGGAGGUUAUGCUGGAGAACUAUAGGAACCUAGUCUCAUUGGGGCAUCACAUUUCCAAACCAAAUAUGAUUUCCCAGUUAGAAAAAGGAAAAGAGCCAUGGAUGGUAGAGAGUGGAACCUCAAGAUGCACUUGUUCAAACAGGGCAACUAGGCCUGAAGCCAAAGAUUCAACUCCAAAGGAAGGCAUUUCCAAAGAGAACUCACGCCAGGAAGGAAUCACCACGAGUGGUCUCUGUUCUUCCAUAUUAGGAAAAACCUGGGAAUGUGGUAGCCAGUCAUAUUGUCAACAGGGAAUCCAGGAAAGGCAAGUGAAACAAGUGGAAGUUACUCAGAAGAAAAAUCUCACUGAGAAGAGACCCCCUAAAUCUAAUAAAUUUCGAGUAAGCUAUAGUCUGAACUCUGCCACUGCUUCUCAGGAAGUUUCUAUAGGAGAGAAAUGUCAUAAAUGUGACAUGUGUAGAAAGAGCUUCAAAGAGAAUUCUGGCCUAAUUAAACAUAAGAGAAUUUGUUCAGGGAAGAAACGCUUUGAAUGUAAUGAAUGUGAUAAAGCUUUCAGCCAGCGUGCACACCUUAUUCAACAUCAGAGAAUUCAUACUGGAGAGAGACCAUAUGAAUGUAAUGAAUGUGGUAAAGCUUUUAGACGGACUAUAGACCUUACUCAGCAUCAGAGAAUUCAUACUGGAGAAAAGCCCUACGAAUGUAAUCUAUGUGAGAGAGCUUUCAGCCAGCGUGCACACCUUAUUCAACAUCAGAGAAUCCAUACUGGAGAGAGACCCUAUGAAUGCAGUGAAUGUUCGAAAGCCUUUAGCUGGAGUACACACCUUACUGAACAUCAGAAAAUUCAUACAGGAGAGAAGCCCUAUGAAUGUAAUGAAUGUGGGAAAGCAUUCCGAAAAAGUACAGACCUUAAUCGACAUCAAAGAAUUCAUACUGGAGAGAAACCCUAUGAAUGUAAUGAAUGUGAGAAAGCUUUCAGCCAGCGUGCACAUCUUACUCAACAUCAGAGGAUUCAUACUGGUGAGAAACCCUAUGAAUGCAAUGAAUGUGGGAAAACCUUCAGAUGGAGUACACACCUUACUCAACAUCAGCGAAUCCAUACUGGAGAAAAACCAUAUGAAUGCAAUGAAUGUGGGAAAACUUUCCGUCGGAGUACUGAACUUACUCAACAUCAAAGAAUUCAUACUGGAGAGAAGCCAUAUAAAUGUAAUGAAUGUGAGAAAGCCUUCAGCUGUAGGACACACCUUAUUCACCAUAAAAGUACUCAUAGUGGAGAGAAACCAUAUGAAUGCAAUGAAUGUGGUAAAACCUUCAACCGUAGCUCAUCUCUUACUCAACAUCAGAGAAUCCAUACUGGAGAGGAACCUUAACUAUAUGGUGAAUGUGGAAAAACUUAUGAAAGAUGAUCUGUCACAUUAGAAAAUUCACAUAUGGUGAGUGUUAGAAUAUAGGCAUCUGAUAUUUAUAUGCUUUUAAGAAUAAAAAAAUAACAUGACCAGCCAACCCAUCAUAAAAAAGAAGAUAACAUGCUAGAACAUAAAAAGUAUGCCAUAUUUCAGGUCAGAAACUCAAGGUUUGACUUCUUUGGCUUUCUUGACCCUGCAGCUCAUGAUGAUAUUUUAUCCCGACCCUUCCAUCCCAUUUUUUUUCCUGCUUACCUAUAAUUAUAUUUAACACUGCCUGAAUCCCUGACUUCAACUUUUGUUGUUUCUGUGUGGUGUGAUUCCUCUCUUCCCCUAGUUUUACCUUUUGACUGAUUAUUUAACUUUCACUUAAUUAUUGCUUAUCCUGGUUCUGGUGCCUAACUCACUCUUCCAGUACUUUUUUUUUUUACUGAUGCAAGCCUGACUGUUAAGACUUGUCUUGCUAGAGUUGGCUGACUGAAUAUAACAGAAACAGUAUUUAUGAAAAUAUGGGAAAACUUUCAGCCAGCAUAACUUACUGAAUAUCAGAAUACCAGAGAGAAAUAUAAGCAAACGGAAUAUAUGAAAGGGCUUCAGAAUCAGCUCAGCAUUUGAAAAAUGUUAUUGUGUUCAUAUUGGAGAGAAUUCCUGUGAAGAUAAUGAAUGUUUGGAACCCUUUUGCCAGAGUACACACCUUACUCAACAUCAGGUAAUUUAUACUGGUGAGGAAUCCUAUGCAUACAAUGAAUAAAAGUCUUCAAUUGUAAUUUAGCCCUCAUCUCACACUGGAGAUUUCACAACGGAGAGUAACUAUGGUAAAGUUACUGAAUGAAGGGAAAUCUUUCAAGCUCAUCUAUUAGUUCGAUAACCUGCAGUCAAGAUUUCAGUUUCUCACCCAUUAACUCUGAUUUUAUUUGGUAUAUUUGAAAGUAUGCGCUCAGCUCUUACCUUAAACAACCAGCUUAGGUAAGUUCACAGAAGACCUUCACCAGAAAAUUGACUACCAGGUGAAAAAUCAAUUUGGUCACAAAACUCAUGAAAGCUAAGUGUAGAAGAAUUGCAGACUGCAUUGUUGGAAUCAUGGAUCUGUGAAAUAUUGAUGUAUUUGAAAGACAGAAGUGUUUUUUCCCUUUUAAAUAUUUUUCCCUUAAAUAUAAAUUGGCUGCUACUAGCUAGCAAUAGAAUUUUACAAAUCAGAGUGUGCUGGUCUGUUUACUCAGAACAACCAUUUAAGUACAAGAUUUCUGGAAAAUAUAGGAAUCUGAUUGCUAAAGUAACUAAAGCUUUUGCAACAAAGAAAACAGUGGGACUUAAAACUUUUUGGAGCAAAGGAACUGAACAGUUUGUUUUUAUGUUUAUGGCAGAUUCCCUUACUGGAAAACUGAAAUGAUUUAAGUUUAGUAUUUCACAUGAAAUCAAUGUUAUAAUGUAGGGUUGGGAAUCAAGAUUCCUGACCAGGUGACUUGUCCAAAGUUUUUUUAUAGAAAUGAUUACAAAUACUAUAUUUAAUCAAUUAUAAAUGCUAUAGAUGCAUGAUAAGUUUUCUAAAGUGUAUAUAAAUUGUUAAAUAGGCAACUCAGUAAUGUAUCAUCCAAAAUUGUAUUUGAUAUGAAAUUUUAUUUUUGUUUAGACCUUUGAUUUCAUUAAUGUGAAGAACUCCCCAUGUAGAAUCUAACCCUAAUGAUGCAGAUCAACAACUUGUUUUUAACUUGGAGUCAUAGAUAAGUACCUGAGAAAUUGAGAGAGCAGGUGAUUUGUUCAUGGUCACAUAGCUAUUAUGUUCCGGAGGCAGGUCUUGAAUUUAAAUCAUUUGGACUCCAAGGCCAGCCACUCUUAUCUAUUACUUCUUACUGUUUCUCAGGCUUCUUUAUUAUUCUUAUCUUAUUUUAUAUGACAAUAAAUCAGAAGGUGAAGGAACACUUUCCCUAGGGUCAUGAAAUUCAGAAGGACUUCUUUUUGGGCUAUUUUCACAGGUGCUUCACAAGGCUUUUGGGAAAACAAGAAGUUUUUGAAGACUUUUUGAGAAACUGAUUCAGAAACUUAUUUUUCUAUCCUUUUUUAUUCACUGCAAAUUUUCUUCUUUUAACAAGCAUAGGAAUUUAAGUGAGAGCAUGUCAUAAUGGAAAGAGUUUGCAUCAAAGUUGGAGAACUCCGAAUUAAACUCAUGCCUCUAGAAGAUGGAGGCUAUGUAAUCCUGGGCAAAUUACCUAGCCUCUCUGUGCCCUAUGCAACAUUUUAAGAUUAUAAGUUACAGAGAUGAUCAGUGCCAAUCAUCAGUAGAAGAAAUCUCUCCUAGGGAGCACCUUAUGUUGAUGAAAUCACUGGUCCCUUCACAUCCCAGGCAUUUGAGACCAAAUUAGUUAUUUUAAUUUGAAAGCAAGAUGGUUUCCUGUAAUUCAAGGUACCAUCUCAUUAAUAAUUAACUUAGUUAAUUAAUCUUUUUUUGGUCAUGCCUUACUAGUGGAAUGAAUGGAUGGGCAUGAUUGAAGGCAUCUCACAAACAGAAAAGUGAUAAGAAAACAGUGCUUCUUAUGGUUGCAUAUGAACCCUACAGAAAUUGCCGUUUUCUUCCCAACCCUCCCCUUUCCCCCAUUUUUAUUACAUAUGUGGUACAUUUGUGUGGUUUAAUGUGUCUGGAAUAGUUUAGUUCAUUUACCCAUGUUAAUGCCUUUCCUUUUUACUGAUUUUGAUUAUAGAUUGUUCUCUUUAUAUUGUUGAUAUAUCACCCUUGGUUUGUUUGUAGACUUGCCUUUUGGAGUGUUAUUCCUUUUGGGCUGUGAUAACCUUUUUUGCUUUAUCCAUUUCACUUCCCCAUUCUCCUUAGUGAGAUGGAAGGAACACGCUUCUAAUCCUAGGGCUAUCAGCAGAUACAGAGAAAUGGAUGAAAUGUAUCACCACACUUCAGGCACAGGUAGAUUGAAUAUGAUUAGAAAAUGGCAGCUUGUAAGGAAAGGUGAUAGUGCUGAAGGAAGAUACUCAGUUGUAGAAACUGUUGGAAUAGUUCUCCCAACCCUGUAAAUUUCUUAGAUAAAUUUUCAUAGUUCUAGUAUAAAAUUUCUGGGUUUCUGACUUUGAUGAAUUUAUAUCUGAAAACCAGCUUGUGAGAUGUCUUCACGGAUCACCCAAAGAUGGAAUUUCUGAGAUUUACAUGAUUCACUCAUAUGGACUGCUAAAUAUUAUUGAUGAUACUAGCCAGCUACCUGUUAGCACACCUUCAUUGUUUAUGGCUGAAAUUGAAUAUAUAAAGUCACUUUGAGACCUAAGACUGACACUUAACAAAUUUUCAUAAAUGCCUGAGGGGUUGGAUUGUAGAUGGAAUAUGCUAUUACUUUCAGGAUAGUGAGCUAAGACUUUUGAGUAUAGUGAAGAUACUAUGAUGGACCAAAUUAGGGAAGGCUUAUUAAUAAACUCAAUUCAGACAAACUUGUUUUCACCAAAAGUCACAAUUCUCCAAGGCCUGCUUAUAGAGAGAAGCCUGCUUUUACCCUAAGCCCUAUGCCAUUUCUUAUGUCCAAGGUACAAGAAUUUCCUCUACUAAUGCUGAAUUUGGAAAUGCAUUUAGGUAGACCUGUGGCCCAAUUGAGUUGUGUGAAGUAGAAAAAUAAACUAGAAGGGAAAUGAUUCUCAUUCUGUUAGAUGCUGGGGUACCAUCAGCUCAUCUUAUUCUAGGGCCCAUAAGAUUAGGAGCUGGAGGUCAGUGGAAGUGCUUUAUUGUAAAAGAUCUUACCCAAACCUCUAUCAUUAGGUGUGCUUAAUCAAUCACAUGUUUCCCAGUCAAGCAAAUAUUCUCCAAACACUGGGUUACACAACUACACUAGCUACAGAUUCAAGGUCUUGAGGCAAAUUCAGGGACCUUAGGCUAGUCUAAUGCUAGGGAAUCCUGAGCCAACUCCAAGGUAAACUUAAGACACUUAGGGCCAUAGAUAAGUGGGUGGGUGACCCUUCUUGGUUUUCCUAGUGCCUGACACACUUAUUUUCCUGGUAACUAACUAGCUUAAUCACAAAGAAAACUACUGAAGUUUCCAAAUGGGAGAACACAAAGAAAUGCUAGUCCUAAAUCUAGUGAACUCUCCCCAAUGCCUGAUCAUGCUCAGAAUCUGGUGGCCAUAAUUUAUUAAGUCAUGUAUUUUUGGGGAGAACUUGGCAGAUGACUUUUAGCUUAAAAUUCAGCAGCCAGCACUGCUAUGGUAUGAUCCCAUUGGCUACAAAGAAUAGUUCUCCUUUGGUUGAUCCUCAUCCAGAUCUCUAGAAAUAAUAAAUAUUUAGAGGCAUAAUCUACCCCUUGCAUUUUGAAACCCUGGCCAUAUGUCAGAUCUAUAAUUGUCGUAGGUUUGGUUCUAGAAAUCCAAAUUGUAAAGAGCUAUACUUAUGACCCAAUUCAGAUAUCCUUUUGAAGUUUUUCAUUAAACUCCAGAGAUUUAGGUGAACUUUUCACCUCACCUAAAUAAGACGUAUAAUAUUUGUGAAGUGGAAAAAUGGGGAAUUUUGGUUUUCUAAUUAUUUCCAGGUCUUUUAUACAAUUAUAAUUUAAAACUGAUUCCCAAUCUGGUGGACCAGCUAGGGCAGGCCACACUUCAGAAACAAGGACAAGAACAAAGACAAGAACAACAAAUCGCUUAAUCUGGCCUGCACAUACCAGGGUAACAAUUCCAGACCUGCUUUCUCUAAUUUCUUUAAUCACCCACUACCUUUUUCACUCUAUAAUGAACUUGGCAUAUUUCGUUUGGCAUGUUUGUACCAUGACCUACCUGACCUGACCAGGGAAUGACAAUAUUGGAAUCCAGCACUAUAUAUUCUGCUGACUACAGCUAGUUCAUGACUGAGUAAAGCACUUAUGAAGAAUAUAGAAAAAUGCCUGUUCGGUCUGACUGAACCAAAAUCUAGGAGUCAUGUCUUAGGGAACUAAAGAGUUAGGAUAGGAGCUUAGAAGAUGGAUGCAGUUGGAAUAUUGAACACUAGGAAGAACCUUGAACAAUUUGCACAUUGUGGGAAGCUUUACUGGAGAUUCAUCAUAGGAUUUUCUUUCUUGAUUUCCACUCAACCAUGAAAAAAAAAUCA